CAACACGCACGCCAGAUCCAUUCCGCUAGCGAGGGCUCCUUGACAAAUCUCGACAAUCAGUUCAAGCCAAUAAAACUAUGGCAAGUCGACCAGGGCUCUACGCAAGCGAAGGUCAUCGGAGUCAUCACUUGACUGGUGGUUCGAUGACGACCAGGCUUCUCCCUCAACAGCACAGCGGAAACCACACCGUUAUUCUGCAUACAGCUCUAUAAACGGCUAGUUCAUCUUGACGGGAUAAUGGGGAGCGUCUUGUUAUUUCCAUACACAGCUGCCUGUGAGUGCGACAGUCAGCCGCCACGCGCGACCGUGUCUGACCAUCACCAUCGUUGGUCUAACCAUGUCCAUCCGGGGACGCCAACGAGCGAUUUGUACACCGAGCUUCUCUGCGACAAGACGUGCCUUCCAAGGCGGACACAUGGGCCAAGGUCUCCUGCCUCCCUGCCUCUUCAGCUUCCGCCUGCCUCCACACCAUGUUCCACAAAGCGACUCUAGUCGCUGUUGCCUUCGCCCUCCUCACCGCCGCGAGUCCCGUCGUCCACGCUCCCGGCAUUAAGAUUUCACUUGAGGGGCGUAGCACACCGACUCGUGCUGAUGGGACUUUCGACCACGAGAAGGCGACGCUGGACAGGAUCAAGAUCCAGAACAAGUACCAGAGGAACCUUCGAAACCUGCUAGCGAAUACGGGUCGCCUUCCCGAGGGCUGGGAAGUUAAGGAAUUCCUCACAAUCCCUCUCUCUUUGGAGAAGCGUGCCGUUGGCACCGAGGCGCUCGUUGACGAAGAUGAAAUCGAGUGGCUGGGUCUGACCACAAUUGGCACUCCCGGCCAGUCCUUCAAAAUCGAUUUUGACACUGGCUCGUCUGAUUUGUGGGUACCCAGCUCGUCCUGUUAUAGAUCGGCCUGCGCCGAUAAGAGCAAGUACAAUGCGGUGGCAUCGGCCACCUCUUCGCUGAAGAACGGCACCAUCAGAAUCGGGUACGGUGAAGGAUCGGGUGUCUCUGGUCCCAUAUACACCGACACUGUGAUCGUCGCUGGACUCACCGCUACCGACCAAUACUUCUCUCCGGCCACGACAAUCUCGAGCUUCUUCGAGACCGACCCGACUGAUGGCGUCAUGGGUCUUGCCUAUCCCUCUCUCUCGAGCUUUCAAGGGCAGACCCCGUUCUUCAGUACCCUGAUCAGCCAGCGCAAGGUCAACGCUGGCGAAUUUGGUUUCACGCUAGGGUCGGUCGGCUCGGAGCUCUACCUCGGUGGCACCGACACCUCCAAGUAUACCGGCGACAUUGAGUACCACAGCAUCGACACAUCGACGGGUCUCUGGCAGGCGAGCGGCGCGAAGUGCACUGUCGGGUCUAAGACCACGAACAGCGGCUUCAACACGAUCAUUGACUCGGGUACGACGUCUAUUUCCGCCCCGGAAAGCGCAGUCAACGCCUUCUACGUGGCGAUCCCGGGCAGCCAAAUCUGGAAUCAUGUAGAAGGGUCGAUCACGUACCCCUGCAACUUGACUCCGGACGUCAGCUUCAGUUGGGGCGGCAAGACUUGGGAAAUCACGAGGGCCAACUUCAACCUCGGUGAGACUCAUCAAGGCAGUGGCCGGUGCUUCGGCGCACUCUUUAUCGCAAGCGAUAGGCUCGGGCUCGGGAACAAUACCUGGCUUGUCGGCGACGCCUUCAUGAAGAACGUCUAUACCACGUUCUCUUUUGAUAAGAACGCCGUCGGCUUUGCUACCCUCAAAGUCUAGACGUCGAGGGUACUGGAGCGUGCAGCGGUUGCGCGCUAGGGCUUGACUGAAUUUGAAUAAUCAAUAUUGGUCCCUGUACCAGUAGGACCAUAGUAGCGAUGGUCCAUGUUCCUAGAUUUGCCCUAUCUGUUUGUACAGAUUAUCAAGAC